CACUCUCAGCGUCUCAUAGCGUCGUUUUCAGAGAGACAAAGCUGUAAAAAGCCGCUGAACACUACCUGCUCAGCAAACAGAUUGAACCAGAUUGAAACUAUAAAGGAUCAAGAACAGAACCCUGAGGAACACCACAAGUAAUUGUCUCUGUUUGAAGUCGACAUUUCAGUCUUUAAAGCGUCUUUAACAUGUUUCAUCCUGCUGCUAUAAGCUGAUAAUAUGACAAAGAUGUUUUUUUACAGACUAUUCUGCUGAAAACAAGCAGAUAAAAAAACAUCUUGUCAAGUUUCUUGAACCAGAUUGAAACUAUAAAGGAUCAAGAACAGAACCCUGAGGAACACCACAAGUAAUCGCUGGAUGUUUGUUAACAAGUUCAACCCGUCAGCUUAAAGCUGAUGAUGAGUCAGAGUUAAUGUUCACUACAAAACAUCAGUUAAUGCACAUUUAAACAUUAAUUAUCUGCCAACAACAUCCAACAAUCCAAGUUUUGUUUUUUAUUUCCAAAUAAAAGACAAAUGUGAUCCGACACAUGAUGAAACAUGGAGACAGUUCAGUGUUCAGUUGUUUUUCACUUGAAUUAAUUUGUUAAUUAAGAGUCAUUUAGUCAGCAGCUGAACACACAAACAUGAGCAAACAGUUCAACACCAGCAGAGAAUAAAGAUUCCAAUAAUAAAUUAAUAAUUAGUCGGUUUAGCACGUUUCUGUUUUUCCUUUUUUCUGGGAAACUUGUUAAAAAACUGUUCAGAAAUUACAGAAAAUAUCUUGUUUGUUUAUUUCCUUCAUAUUUCAGCAGCAUAGUCUCAUUAAAACACAGUCAGUCUCUGGUUUCCUCCAACAUUUUUUACAGUGUGCUGUAAUAUUUAACACUACAGCACACUGUAAAAAAAUAUUACAGCUGCAACUAUUUUGAUAAUCGAUGAACAGUUUUGAUUAAUUUGCUAAAAUUCUCUGCACCAAAUGAGAAAAAUAGUAAACAAUGUUAGUCGCAGCCCCAUAAAUAAAUAUAUAAAUAGAUAUUUGGACAGUUUGAAGUAAAUGCUGAAGUUUAUCUGCAGCUUGAACCUGUAAAUGUGACUUGAAGAGAGUCUGGGGGGUCGUAGGUGUCUGUGCUCAGGGGCCCGGGGCCUCCUAAUCCGUCCAUGCUCCUGUCGAUAAAUUAAAUAUCUGUGCUGAUGUUUCCUGUCAGGAUGUAACAACAGAGCGUCACGUCUCCACUGAAACCCCGUCACGCUCUCUCUCCUCUCACCUGGCCAGCUGCUGCUGCUCUACAUCAUCAGUAAAUCAUUCCUACUGGACGCCGUCGGCCGCUCGUGACUCCGUUUUGUUUUUGAGUUUUCUUCCCUCAGACUGUUGACGUCGUCAUGAGGAACCUGUUCAGCUCCACGGGACCAGCUCCUCUACCCACAAUCCUCAGCUCCUCUACCCACGAUCCUCAGCUCCUCUACCCACGAUCCUCAGCUCCUCUACCCACGAUCCUCAGCUCCUCUACCCACGAUCCUCAGCUCCUCUACCCAGAAUCCUCAGCCCCUCUACCCACGAUCCUCAGCUCCUCUACCCAGAAUCCUCAGCUCCUCUACCCACGAUCCUCAGCUCCUCUACCCAGAAUCCUCAGCUCCUCUACCCCUCUACCCACAAUUCUCAGCUCCUCUACCCACGAUCCUCAGCUCCUCUACCCACAAUCCUCAGCUCCUCUACCCAGAAUCCUCAGCUCCUCUACCCACGAUCCUCAGCUCCUCUACCCACGAUCCUCAGCUCCUCUACCCAGAAUCCUCAGCUCCUCUACCCACGAUCCUCAGCUCCUCUACCCACAAUCCUCAGCUCCUCUACCCCUCUACCCACGAUCCUCAGCUCCUCUACCCACGAUCCUCAGCUCCUCUACCCAGAAUCCUCAGCUCCUCUACCCACGAUCCUCAGCUCCUCUACCCAGAAUCCUCAGCUCCUCUACCCACGAUCCUCAGCUCCUCUACCCACAAUCCUCAGCUCCUCUACCCACGAUCCUCAGCUCCUCUACCCACAAUCCUCAGCUCCUCUACCCCUCUACCCACGAUCCUCAGCUCCUCUACCCACGAUCCUCAGCUCCUCUACCCACGAUCCUCAGCUCCUCUACCCACAAUCCUCAGCUCCUCUACCCACAAUCCUCAGCUCCUCUACCCACGAUCCUCAGCUCCUCUACCCAGAAUCCUCAGCUCCUCUACCCAGCACUAAGCACGUUUUGAUCAGAGCAGAGCUGUGAUGUUCAGUGACGACGUCUUCUCCGCGGACAGCGAGGGGAAGGUGGAGAAAAGAAAAAAGACACACAAGAGGAUCAAUAAAUGAUCGAUAAUAAAUGAUCGAUAAGCUGCCUCCUGAAGUAAAACUCCUCCUUUUAUCUCCUGACUUCUCCUCGUUCGGCUUCGUGUUCCUCCGAAGCAGCUGAAACUCUGACAUGAGAGGAAACAGGAAGCAGGAAGUGUGACUGAUUUAAAAAUCCUUCAUGAGGGACGUUUUUCUUACAUUUUUUUUUAAUCACCUGUUGUGCUUCAGUUAUUGAGCAGCAUCGAGGUCCGUCUGUCUGUCUGUGGACAUAAACACUGUGUUCAUCCUACUGUCUGUACCAGUCGGUCACAUGAUUUAUCUUAUUUUGUGUUUUCAUUUUUUUUUUAUUCAAUCUUUUGAGGGGCCACAAACACACACACACACACACACACACACCAGGCUGAGCUGUUUGUUAUCGUUGUUGUUGUUGUUGUUGUUGUUGUUGUUUUGAUCUCAGUCCGAUCAGCUGACGUCACUGCUGGGCCUGAAUUUUGCAGAACCGUCACUUCUGAAUCAUUCAACUCUUUUAAAUUCGGAUCCAUUUUUAGAGAAAAAUGAUACAUUUCAAAUCAAUCAAAGUUCAGUUUAUUGCCGAUGUAACGAGCAACAGGUCGGCUGAACACAAGGCAACACAUGAAGAAGAAAGUUUCAAGUGUUUUGUUCAGCAGCGUCUUGGAGGAGAUUCCUUCUCACUAAACGACGGAUUGUAAAAUAAAGCUUGUGAAAUAUGUCAGAAGUCAAAUAAGUUUCUUACAGCCUGACUCCGUUUUUACAUUUAAGACUUUUUUGCAUUAACAGUUAAAUCAGUUCAACAUCACUGAAAACAGGAAGUGUCCUCAUCAGGUUUGUCUGCUGUGUUCAUUUCUCUGUUUUCCCUCCUGAACAGGACUAAAUCUACUUUACAGCAGACAGAAAAGUUUAAAGACUUCAGAAAGUUUUGAUGUGAAAAAUGUGUAAAUUUAUCGCUUCUUCGUGAUCUGUUGUGUUUUGUCUCCUCGCUGCGGCGGCCAUGAUGGUUUUACCCUUUUCACGCUGUACAAAAGAAAAAAGACACAACGAGAUGAUUAUAAUGUAUUUAUUUGUCAAUGAGUGCUGAUGACGUCAUUAAUCUGAUGUGGAUUUCGUUGAUCAAACAGCUUUGAAAGUCUUUCCAUCGUCUCUGCCAGAAGCAACAGAAACAAAAAGGUUUAACUUCCUGUUUGGUUUUUGUGCAAAUUUCUCAAACAACCUCCUUUUUUUUCUGUGUCUGUGAUCUAAUCUGCAAAAGUCUUGAAUAAAAAAAAAAAAACUGUGAAGGAGAGUCCGACCGAUACGUCAGCACGACCGAGUUUAAAUCAGUGGAACAUUAGUUUUACUAUCGGCCUCGAACGCAGCAUCGGUCGGACUCUUAGAGAGGAACAAACAGUCGGUCCGUCUGGUUCUCAGCCUGGUGUGAACUCUGAUCCUGGUCUCACAUAUCACAACAGUUUGACUUCAACUUGGAUUCAAAUGUUACUGCGACUCCGCCGUGUUCGUCCUGACUGGUCGGAUCUCAGCGGUCUGACUGGUCGGAGGCCAGAAAAUAAAGAAUCUCCUGUUUUUGUA